CUUCCACCGCACAAUGUAUUUGCGAUGAAGGGUCACCCUUGUGGUUACUUCGGAAAUCCUUGUGGUCUCCACACUCUCUCGAAGAGUAUCACAGCCGACAAAUGCUCAAGACCCCAUUGGACCUCCAAUGCCAGUACGCGUACAAGACGUGCACGAACCCACGGACACAGAAGAAGGACGGCGACAUCCACAAACUGUGCGCCCUACAUCGAGACAAAGCCAACUCGGUCCAGAAGAUCUAUGCGGCCAAGCGCCGCGCGCGUGUGCGGGAGCAGCGAAAACAGCAGGUGAUGCAAAGCAAGGCGUUGUCGACACAGCCACUAGUGCAAGACCAAACAUCACCCAAGCAUGCCACCGCAACUCCAUGCAUUCACACAUCAUUGGGCUCAUUCGACGUGUUCAUGGCCGAGCCAGCCAUCGAGCCGAUACAGUCGCCGUCCGACCGCCGUUCGUUUUCGAUCGAAGAAUACGAAUUCCUUCGCCAUGUGCUCCUGUCCAACCAUAAAAACUAACUUAAAAUAUAUUUAUACCCUCUCACCAGGCCAACAACACAUCGAGUUCCGCACGUGAAUGGUAUGGCGUACAAUAGAAAUACCGCUUGUGAAUACAUCGAUUUGUGUGGACUGUGCACCUUGGAGAUAGUAGGCCGGCGGCUCAGAGAGUAACACG